GCUUUUCUGUUGCACAACAUCGAUCGAUCGGCCUUUGCACCUGGACAUUUUUGUCACCGCAAACGGAGCAUUCAUCACAAGCCAUAUUCCCCCCCGUGCCUCAAUCAUCAGUGGAUACUUACCCGAAUCCACCCCCCAGAUAACCCCCUCCGCGCGCCCCGUACCUCCUCCGGCUCCAGGUGGGGGACCCAAUUGCCAAUUGCCAAUGUGCCGAGGCUCGCUGUGACGUAGAAGCUCUCACGCCCAGCUUCCACUCCUCCCACUCCCGCUCUCGCUGCCUCCGUCUCUCCCUCGCACCGACGCAGGAAAAAGAAACACCUCCAGCGGACGACCGAACCAUCCACCGCCUCCGUCCACUUCCACCCACGCACGCACGCGCGCGCGCACGAGAUAGCCUUUUCCUCCCUUACCGCUAACCGGACUAAAAACUCGCGCCAGGAACGGACCGCACGGGACUCUGGAUCAGGAACCACUGGGAAGCACCACACACGCACCACCAUCACGAUUCAAUCCACCGGCACGUGAAUCCUCCCUCCUCCCCCGGACGUUCUUCCUUCGCCACGACAACAACUACCACCGCCGUCCAACACCCUCUCCCCCUUCCGCGCCCUCCAUCGCGAGAACCUCUUCUCCUCCUCCUCCUCCUCUUCCUCUCCCCCCUCCAUUCCUCUCUUGUCACAGCUCUCCCACACAUACAACCACGCACACAAUGGCGCCCUCGACCUCGGACGCCGCGGCGUCCAUCAACGCCAAACUCCCCUCCGCCCUCCCCGGCGCCGUCGCCGACAAGAUCCCUCACAUCCCCGAGUCCAAGGAAGAGCUGAAAGCCGACACCAAGGCCGCCGCCUCGGGCCUCGCGACCCAGCUCCGCUCCCUCGCCGCCGGCGGCUUCGGCGGCGUCUGCGCCGUCGUCGUCGGCCACCCCUUCGACCUCGUCAAGGUCCGCCUCCAGACCGCCGACAGGGGCGUCUACUCCUCCGCCAUCGACGUUGUCCGCAAGAGCGUCGCCCGCGACGGCCUGCGCAGGGGCUUGUACGCUGGCGUCUCGGCCCCGCUCGUCGGCGUCACGCCCAUGUUCGCCGUCUCCUUCUGGGGUUACGACCUCGGCAAGUCCCUCGUCCGCUCCUCCUCCUCCGAUCCCUCCGCGCCGCUCUCCAUCGCCCAGGUCUCCGCCGCCGGCUUCUUCUCCGCCGUGCCCAUGACCGCCAUCACCGCCCCCUUCGAGCGUGUGAAAGUCAUCCUUCAAGUCCAGUCCCAGCGCCUCAAGCCGGGCGAGUCGCCCAAGUACGCUGGCGGCGUCGACGUCGUCCGCCAGCUCUACGCCGAGGGCGGCCUGCGCUCCGUCUUCCGUGGCAGCGCCGCCACCCUCGCCCGCGACGGCCCCGGAAGCGCCGCCUACUUCGCCGCCUACGAGUACAUCAAGCGCCGCCUCACGCCCAAGGACCCCGUCACCGGCAAGCCCUCGGGCGAGCUGAGCCUGCUCGCCAUCACCGCCGCCGGCGCCGCCGCCGGCGUCGCCAUGUGGAUCCCCGUCUUUCCCGUCGACACCGUCAAGUCGCGCCUACAGACCGCCGAGGGCAACGUCACCCUAGGCGGCGUCGUGCGCGAGGUCUACGCUCGCGGCGGCCUCCGCGCCUUCUUCCCGGGCUUCGGCCCGGCCCUAGCAAGGGCCGUGCCCGCCAACGCCGCCACCUUUUUGGGCGUCGAGCUGGCCCACCAGGCCAUGAACAAGGCUUUUGACUAAAACAGCCGUUAUUUGCU